GUUGUUUUGUCUGGAAAGUAGAGUGAGGCAUUUUCAAAGUGCAGUCACCUCAGAGACAUCAUUUCUCUCUCUAACUUUCUCUCUCCUCUCCGCUCCGGCGAGUAAGAAAAAUGCAGCAUUUCGUGGAUUUGCAAGAGAAUUCGGAGUUGGGUGAGUCGAAUUCAUGGCUUUCAGCGAAAGAGCAGUCCGGUGCGGCACCCAACACCAAUUUGGAUCGCGUCCUCUUCAACGACCUCGUCGAGAUUGUCCCUCUCGUUCAGUCACUCAUCGAUCGUAAAGCAAGCCGUUCAUUCACGCGGCGUGGUUCCAUGAUCUACACCAAGACACCCACAAGAGAAUCAUUGUCCAAAAGAACAACAGAUUCAAAAAGUAGGAAUGUUGCCCAAUCUAUUCUUGCCAAAAAGAAAAGGGACCAUGGAGAAAAAGAACAAGGAAAAAAUGGCAGCAAUGAUGCUGAUAACUAUUCCAUGUUUUCUACAAGAACUUUGGCUUCAGAAAAGGACAUAGAAGAGUUAGGUAUGUUGAAGGAGCAGGUAGAGGAACUUCAGAGGAAAUUGUUGGAGAAAGAUGAACUUUUAAAGUCAGCGGAAAACUCAAGAGACCAGAUGAAUGCUUUUAAUGCAAAACUUGAUGAACUUAAACACCAGGCUUCAGAAAAGGAAUCUUUACUGAAGUAUACUCAACAGCAGCUCUCUGAUGCUAAGAUUAAGCUUGCAGACAAGCAAGCUGCUCUUGAAAAAAUACAAUGGGAAGCAAUGACAUCCAACAAGAAAGUUGAUAAACUUCUAGAUGAGCUAGGUUCCAUGCAGGCAGAUAUUACAUCAUUCACGUUAUUACUGGAAGGAUUGUCAAAAACUGACACUGCUAAGUAUACCAAUGAUUAUGAUGUCAAACCUUAUGAUUUCAGUCACCUGCCUAGUAUUGAUGAUUUGGACGAGGUGGAAUUGCAGAAAAUGGAUGAAGCAAGAAAAGCCUAUAUGGCUGCUGUUUCGAUUUCCAAGGAAAAACGAGAUGAGGAAUCUAUUGCUGCUGCUGCCAAUGCUAGGUUACAUCUUCAGUCACUUGUUUUCAAAUCCAAAAAUUUUAACCUGUAAUAUCAUUGCUAGUUUUAUUUAAUGUGCUACAUGUUAGGUCCCUUUAGUCAAAAUGGUGAGGCACUUAUCUUGUGUGUGAGAUUUAUUUGUACAAGCCUGUUAUGAACAAAUAUAUAAAGUUAUGCCAUUUAAUGUGAUGAGGUACUAAACGAGCAUAUUCAAUGAAGUGAAAAUGUGUUCUCUCGCGGGUCUACCUGCAUUCAGAAUUAUACCAGACCUGUGGCAUCGGGUUUUUCAAAAGCAGAAGAGUUAAUCAUUAGUUUCUCUUUGAAGUGGCAUUCAGCAAGUUUCCUUCUAGCAGCUGAUUCUGAUUGGCAGAGGUUAUAUACUUGGUAUUAUUGAUUUGUGGACUGCUUAUUUUUCACUCCUGCUAACUGUUCCAAAGUAUUUGUGUAUGUAUGUAUAUAUUCCACUUCUUGUACCCAAGCUAGUUUUUGGUUCCCUACUUUCGUAUAUGGUCCAUGCAUGCAUUAUAUCCACAAGGUGGGGAUCUUGUUCCAUUUAUAAA